AUGUCGAGAAAAAUUGAAGAGAAACCAGGUUUUUCCUACUUCAUGACAACACCCUGCGAAGCUUGGGACGCUCUUGAGUAUCAUGAAGAAUGGCGUGUGUAUAAAUAUCCAAUGAACAAGGGGAAGCUUACAACGGCACUUUAUAAACAACUUGACUGGUUCAAAACUGAGGGCUCAGAAGAAGAAAAGAAAUCUGCAGAAAGGAUGUUGAAUCAAUUUAAGGAGGGUUUAGGUAUUGGUGGAUGUAUUCAUGAUUUUUGGAUUAAAGCGAUGGCUGAGAGACAAGCGAGCUUAAAAGAGUUAAAGGUUGAUGCAAAAGUUCGUGGAUUGAAGGCGGAGCAACGUUUAACAAUCGCUACUGUUGCAACAAAACAAGUGGAAGAGUAUGCACUAUCUACAACUCUUGAUGUUCAUACAGAGCAGGUAGGUGAAAAACGAAAAGAUUUCACAGGCAAGAAUGAUACAGACGUAUUGUCACCCACAAAAAAGAGAAUUGAGAAAAGACCAUUAUACACUGAACCAACAACUGAUGAUGAAGAAUUUGAGGAAGAAUCCAUGUUCUUUGAACCUUCCAAUAUAACAAAAAUCCAAGAGAUAGUCGCGGAAACGAUCGAAAGAACUAUUGAUGAUUGGGAAGUUAAACUAUUGAAGUGGCAACAACAUGCCCUUAAACAAUUAAUUAACGGAGUUCAGUAUCCAUCAGAGCAAAGUAUCUAUAACAUACUUUGUGCUUCAUCAAUCUUUUACUUUCAACAAGAAAGGAGGCCAACAUACACUGGUUUUCUAACGACAAAUGAAAUCGCUGAUAUUCGAUCACAUGUCUUAUCAAAAUUCGAAAUAAUAGAAAUUCCAGAUAGAGUUAAGGAGUAUGUAAAAGAAAACAAGAAGGUUGAGGAAAUUGAGAGGUUUCUUAAACGUGAUGUUGGGAAACAAGUUGAUGAAAAGUUAUUAAUUAGAACGUUUUUUAGACUAUUGGAAGAAUGUGUGUUAUGGGAUCCCUUAGUAAAUUUGGAUGAAUUAACAGAAGGAAUAUUCGUGGUAGAUUAUAUCGCACCACUCUUUAAUAGAACGAUUCAUUAUUUUAAUUACACAACUAUGCAUUCAUGGAUAGAUGUAAAGUCUUAUGCAUCUGAAUUACGUCGAGGUCAUGCUGUAUUUGGUGAAGUGACUAGUCCGAAACGUCAAAAUGACUCACAUAAAGUCAACUGGGACAUUUAUCGUGGUGCCACUCAUGCAAAAGAUGACAUUGAUUAUGAUAUCAACCAACGUGGAAAAGAGUUACAAUCACAUGAAAAAAAACGAAUAGUCACUAUUGUCAGUGGUUAUAAAAUGUCAGUAUGUGUUAUGGAAUUGUAUUCUCCUGGAAUAUAUCUAUUUGUUGAAGUGGCUUCAUGUAACAUUCCAAAAAAUGUUAGAGAUUUGGAACAGAUUAUGAUCAUUUAUCAAAUUUUGAUGAGUGUCCGGCAUAAUGCUGUAGAUAUAUUGGGUGAGAAAUUUUGCACAACUCCACUUCAAACAGAUUAUAAAGAAUGGACACGCCCAACUGUUAGUCCCCAAUAA